GAGAGAGGGGACAAACAGUGAGAAGCCAGAGAGGGAGAGAGUGCUAAAGAAAGAGUCAGAGAACUGUCUAACCCUGCCCACUUUACACUCAACCAUUCAACUCCGGCACGGGCAGCCGUGCACCGUCAGGUUUCUCCACAGCUCUGCUGCACGGACGCGACCCGGAGCUCAUCGACCUGCAGGAGGAGAGAGAGGACCAGCUGCGCUUCCUUCAACUUUUAGCACCAUGAACGCUCCGUUCAGAUAAGGAUUAUUUUGGACUGGCUCCCGCUUUUUCCGUAUCGAUCUGACAAACAAGCCAGUGCGCCGACUGUGAUCUUGGCAGAGGAGCAGAACAGGACUGAGGUGUGAGUCUGCCGUCACUCAGGAUGUCCUCGCUCACGCUCGUGACAGGGGUGCUGCUGCUGCUCUCCGGCUGUUUGUCAGGGGGCUGCUCGCCUACUCCAUCUGAUAGUGGCUCUCCAGGUGCGGGACGGCCCGAUGAUCCCGUGACCCCCUGCCCGUCCUGCGCUCUUGCCCAGAGGCCCAAGGACUCUGAGGAGCAGAGUGACAUGGUGGAGGCGGUCAAGCAGCACAUCCUCAACAUGCUGCAUCUGAACACCCGGCCCAACGUCACGCACCCGGUGCCCCGCGCCGCCCUGCUCAACGCCAUCCGCAAGCUGCACGUGGGACGGGUGGGCGAGGACGGCACAGUGGAGAUGGAGGAAGACGGAGGGGGGCUAGGGGAGCACAGAGAGCAGCCUGAAGAGCAGCCCUUCGAGAUCAUCACCUUCGCGGAGUCAGGAGAUGCCCCUGAUGUCCUGAAAUUUGACAUUUCCAAGGAGGGCAGCACACUGUCAGUGGUGGAGCAGGCCAACGUCUGGCUGUUCCUCAAAGUAGCCAAGGGCAGCCGAGUGAAGGGAAAAGUAUCCGUUCAGCUCCUUCAAAAUGGCAAAGCUGAUUCAGGCUCCACCGAUAGACCAGAGGACCAAGUGGUGUCUGAGAAGACCAUAGAUACACGGCGUAGCGGCUGGCACACAUUACCGGUACCCCGCACAGUGCAGACCCUGCUGGACGGGGACAGCAGCUUGCUCAGUCUCCGUGUCUCCUGUCCGAUGUGUGCUGAAGCUGGCGCUGUACCCAUCCUAGUGCCGGCAGAAGGAAACAAAGUCAAGGAGAGAGAACAAUCUCACCGGCCGUUCCUCAUGGUGGUACUUAAACCAGCUGAGGAGCACCAGCACCGGCGCAGCAAGCGAGGCCUGGAGUGUGACGGUAAAAUCCGCGUCUGCUGCAAGCGCCAGUUCUACGUCAACUUCAAGGACAUCGGGUGGAGCGACUGGAUCAUCGCUCCAUCUGGUUAUCACGCUAACUACUGCGAGGGCGACUGUCCCAGUCAUGUGGCGAGCAUCACAGGCUCUGCGCUCUCCUUCCAUUCCACCGUCAUCAAUCACUAUCGGAUGCGCGGGUACAGUCCGUUUAACAACAUCAAGUCGUGCUGCGUGCCCACGCGCCUGCGGGCCAUGUCCAUGCUCUACUACAACGAGGAGCAGAAGAUCAUUAAGAAAGACAUCCAGAACAUGAUAGUGGACGAGUGCGGCUGCUCAUAACUCCAACUGUUUAUUGUUGGUACAAAGCACAUAUCAGCGGAUUGAGGCGGUCUGUGUUUCACCCACAAACUUUUGAACUGCAAACUCGGACAACCUGUCUUGUUUCUGGAUCAUUCCAACAGGACUGGUUGUUGGAGAGGUCUUCGUGGCACUUUCAUAUUAAAAGAAAAAAACGAUGGAGGGAGAAUAAAGCAUAAUAUAUUUUUUUUAAUGAAGGAAUGGAGACGGGAGAGGGAACGGGUGCAUGGGGCAAACGUUCAGCCCUGAUUCUCUGCACUGCAAUAAAGAGACUUAUUUUGAAGUGUGGAACUAUAUAUUCUGAGAGGAAUGAGGAGGGAAAAAAUCAUGCAACUCUAUGCAAGACAAGUAUUAUUACUGGAUGUUCUUCUUUUUAUUAUUAUUUGUCUUUUAGCGUUUGUUUAAUGUUGUUUUUAAUGUUGUCCCUUUCCUCACGAAAAGUCAUUUUGUUUAGUGCGUCUUUAAACGAAGUAGUUGUUUUGAUUUCGUUUUUUCUUUUGAGAAAUACUUGAACAAAUUUAGUUUGACCAGCUGCUGGAGCCAAACUACUUUAUUAUUAUUUUUAUAAUAUUAUUAUUAUUGAUAAUCACCUAUUAAUAUUAUUAUUUUUCUCCGAAACAUUCUGAAUGUUAAAGAAAAGUAAUAUAAAUUUGCACUAAGCCAACAUUUGUACCAUGUGAGCCCCAGAGAACUGCGGGCCGCAUUCCAGUUGCCAUAUCAUAGUCUAGAACCAUAAACAUUUGGUUAAACUUACACAUAGAAAACCAAAGACCAUACACACCCUGUUCACAGAGCAAAUCCCCAAAACGCCCGGCUCGGUGAAUUUAAUCAAAUUAGGAAACAACUGUGUAUGGCCAACAUAAUACCAUUAACUCAAUAUAGCACAUAAAAUAACUUUUUUGUUUUGUUGUUUGUUUGUCCUUUUCCUGAAACAGCCUCAAUGUUAAGAUACUUUUUGCUCUCUGUGUUUUUUCGACAGUGUUUGUCUCUGCCAACGUAUAACAAAGGUCUUAGUAUCUGAACUGAAACCUAGCCUUCAGAUGCUGUUCUCCACAGAAAUAUUCAGAGAUAGAAACAAUGUCCUGGCAAUGUUGGGUUAAAAGUACAAGACGCUAAAGGAAUUUACUUUGUUUUAUGUAGAGUUAUGCAACAUAUGAUUUAUUUAUGUGUUGCUAUGUUGUAAAGAAAAUCGAAAUAUGUGCUUGUCAUGUUUUAUAUCUAAUUUAUUUUGCAGCAUAUUCUUUGCUUCACUAUUAAAAGCUGAAUUGUACAACUUCAA